AUAUAUAUACACACACACACACAUUAUAUAUACCUUUUUCAUCGAUAUCACACCCUCGAUACUCAUCAACCUCUCUCACUUUCUCUCAUCUUUUUGUCGUAACACUAUCGAAACACAUGCAUACCUCCUAUCUAACGAUCCUUGUUAUAUCUACCAGCUUUCUCGCAUCUAAUGUCAUACGCUUUUCAGCGAUCGUUUUCGAACGUGCCUUUCGAAAAUAUAUAUAACGUUUAACGAUCAUACUUUUGUGCUUUUUGGUGGAACAUAUUGAAAACGAUCUGUUUAAACUAUCUCGUUGAAAAGUAAUUUGUUGUUGUUACUUUCGUUUCUUCUUUUUUGUUUUUUAUUUUUCUUCUUCUUCUUCUUUUUCUUCUUUUCAAAUUAUUGAUAAUAAUUAUACAGAACCGUCCGAUAUAAAUGAUUAUUAGUAGUUUUAAUGUGAAAUUUGAAAGGUGUGCAUCAUCGUUCCCGUUGAAAGAUAAUGUAACGAUCGAAAAGAUAUCGAUCAUUGUUUGAACGUUGAGAAAUAUGUACGUAUAUAAGAGUCCAAAGUUGUCAAUAGAUGGAAAAGUACGAACGAUUGAAAAUAUGACGUCAAAAGGUGAAUAUUGGAGGAAUGGAAGUCAGUGAAUCACCGGACGAAGAGGACGUCGAGGGAUCCAUUGAAAAUAAUACGAAAGUGAUAUCAAGGUCAGAUUUUUUCGAGGUCAUCGAUUCGACGAUCAGAAAUGUCCUUUUCGAGGAUGUCACCGGUUCGAAGGAAAAAGAAACGGAGGUGGAAGAGAACGACGACAGAAAUAUAUUUCUGAUGACCUUGAAGGGUAUCGUUAUCAUUGGAAUCAUUCUGACAGCACUUAUUGGCAAUGCCGUUGUUGUCGCUAGCGUUCGAAGGCAUAGAAAAUUACGUGUACCGACCAAUCGAUAUGUUGUCAGCCUUGCAGCAGCUGAUUUCUUAGUGGCUGUGUGUGCUAUGAGUUUCAAUGCGUCGGUCGAACUAUCUGGACAUUGGAUUUUUGGUAGGACAAUGUGCGACGUUUGGAACUCAAUGGACGUUUACUUUUCAACGGCAUCGAUACUACAUCUUUGUUGUAUCAGUGUCGAUAGAUAUUAUGCUAUAGUUAGACCGCUCGAGUAUCCUGCUAUUAUGAGAAGAAUCACUGUCACGUGUAUGUUAGCUAGUGCUUGGACCUUACCUGCUCUUAUCAGCUUCAUACCUAUAUUUAUGGGAUGGUAUACUACCGAUGAACAUCUUAAAUUUCUUCAAGAGAAUCCUCAGGUAUGCAAGUUCAUGGUGAAUCGGCCGUACGCUUUAAUAAGUUCCUCGAUCUCCUUCUGGAUCCCUGGUUUCGUGAUGAUCGUGAUGUAUUUCAAGAUUUACAAGGAGGCAGUGAGGCAAAGAGAAGCACUCAGUCGAGCAUCGAGUAAUACGAUUUUAAACAGUAUACAUUUACAUCGUAUGUCAACAUCGAGACAUCAUUCAAGAGCAUCUCAUCAGCUUUUGCUACCACCAAGCAAUGGCGUGGAAUUUGGAAGAGCACCGUCUUACGCAUCUGCUGCCGAAUUAAACCUUGAGAAUGGUACUUCAAUAAGACAGCAAAGUAAAAGCUGGAGAGCAGAGCAUAAAGCAGCGAGAACACUUGGAAUCAUCAUGGGUGCAUUUCUACUCUGCUGGUUGCCAUUUUUCCUUUGGUAUCUAACGACGACACUUUGCGGAGAGGCCUGUUACUGUCCGGACACCGUUGUAUCUGUUUUAUUCUGGAUAGGUUAUUUCAACAGUGCCCUGAAUCCGUUGAUCUACGCCUACUUCAACCGUGACUUUCGCGAGGCCUUCAAGGACACCUUGAAGAGCGCUUUACCCUGUUGCGCCGGAUGUUGGAAGACACCGUCUGAGUUCGUCUAGCGCGAGAGAUCAACAUAAACGGGGCUCAAAUAGAUACAUACAUUCAUAUAAACAUACAUACACAUAUAUAUAUGUAUGUAUGUAUGUAUAUAUGUAUGUAUGUAUGUAUAAAAU